GGCGCCUUUUGGGGGUCAUGUAAAAUGGUGCCAGUAUCAAACAUCGAUUUUUCUCGGUCCUAAGAAACCCCGACCCUUCGGACAUUUCGGAUGCGACGAGAGAGAUGGGAGGAGGAGCGAUGAGAACCGCGGCGAAGGCCGCCCUCGGGGGCUACCGCUCAGCGGGGCCGCUCGCUGGCCAGGCGGCGGCUGCCCGGAGGGCUUCCAGGCCGCCGCCCGCGACCGUCUCCGCCGUGUCGCCGGCGGUGGAGGGAAGCCCGGCGGUCCCCCUCCUCUCCUCCGAGAAGGGCCGGAGCGACGCCCUCCCGGUCCAGGAGAUCCAGCAGGCGUCAUGGGAGAUCGACGACUGGGAGUUCGCCGGCGGGGAGGAGGAGGAGCUUCACGCUUCACUGCAUCCGGCCCCGAGGCUCGUGUUCGGGCCCGUUCCGACCCUGGAGGAGGCCAAGGAGGCGACUGCCGAUCUGAAGGAUGCCGUCGAGAGGGCAUACUUCUCUCCAAGUAUUGAGGUUUCUCUAGAGGGAGUUCAGGGAUGUGCUUCUUGUGAAAAUGUAGCACCAUUGCAGUCAAUGCCUAAACAUGUUGUCCAGGCAUUUUCAUUGCUGCAUGGAAGCCCUGAAGCUCAGAAUGUUGUUGCUUCACUUGCUGCUGAUAAGAAUGUUUGGGAUGCUGUAAUGAAAAAUGAGAAGGUUAUGGAGUUCUACAGGACUCAGCAGUCCGUUGUUCUCCGGCCUGAAACAAAUGUAGCUUUUGAGGAAUCUGUUGCUGAAAAUGUGUGCACCAAAGAAUUUCUGGAGAGCCCAAAAACUCCUGCAGAAGACUCCCAAACCUCGGUCUUCGCAGAAAUAGUCGGUAACAUCAAGCGGAAAGUAACAGAGAUGGUAAAUCAUUUGUCCAACUUCCUUCAAGAUCUUUUUGGGACUUCAACGGGAGCUCAGAGCUCUACCAGCACAAAGAGAACUGGCACCACUGAGCCUAAUGUGGAUGGCGCUAUAGGGGCAUCCUUCAUAGCAUUGGCAAUUGCAGCAAUCUUGGUGGUUCUGGUCAAGAGAGGAUAGUUUGAGAAGCUAAACUGUCUGCUACUUUGAUGUAAAUGCACAAUACUGUAUCCAAACAUACAAUAAACUUACUUCCAUUGCAUUAUCAUCUCUCAUGGAUUUAUAUGGGGAACUGAUUUUUGGAGAGACCUGUGGUAGUGGAAUCUCUUUUCAUCCUGUGUCUGUUGUAUCUAUGGGUUGAGCUCAUAUAUAAGAACAUAAUGAUGAAGUGGAAUGGUUUAUCAAGAAUUUCUCAUUGGUGUCA